CCGCCUCAAAUGCACCUCUUACCGGUCGUGCGGAAUCCCACCCCCGCUUUGCUCCCCCAGCGGAAAUCCACCGAGAUGGCCGUCGGAGGAGCUGCCGCCGCGCGGCUCGCGCUCCUUACGCCGCCCUUCUCCGGCCGCUCCACGCUGCUGCAGCCGUCGACGUGUCGUGUCCUCAUCCAGAAGCCGAGGCGGCGGCGGCGGACAUCCCUCCGUCCCAUCUCGUCCUCUUUGGUGGAAGAAGGGCAGCAGCUCUGCUUCAGCGAUCCCGAGGCCGCACUCGUCGAAGCCCUACUCGGGAUCCAGGGGAGAGGCCGCGCCGCAUCUUCUGGGCAACUGCAGGACGUCGAGCUCGCGGUGGAAACCCUUGAGAAUCUGGGAGGCGUGCCGGAUCCUACAAGCUCCAGUUUGAUUGAAGGUCGCUGGCAACUAAUUUUCACUACGAGACCUGGGACAGCAUCCCCAAUUCAAAGAACCUUUGUUGGGGUAGAUUUUUUCAAGAUCUUUCAGGAGGUUUACCUUAGAACAGAUGAUCCAAGGGUAUCUAACAUUGUAAAAUUCUCGGAUGCUGUUGGUGAGCUAAAAGUAGAGGCAGCAGCAACAAUUAAAGAUGGAAAAAGAAUCCUUUUCCAGUUUGAUCGUGCUGCAUUCUCGCUUAAAUUUUUACCUUUCAAGGUUCCAUAUCCUGUACCAUUUAGGCUUCUCGGUGAUGAAGCAAAGGGAUGGUUGGAUACAACAUACUUGUCUCAUACUGGGAACAUACGUAUUUCAAGAGGAAACAAGGGAACGACAUUUGUGCUGCAAAAGAAGAUUGAACCAAGACAAAGGUUGCUGUCAGCAAUAUCUGUUGGAACAAGAGUUAAGGAGAUGAUAGAUGAACUUAUCUCUUCAAAUCAGGAGGAGGUUAAAGCAAAUUCAGAAAUACUGGAAGGCGAAUGGCAAUUACUGUGGGCUUCACAGUCAGAAAAUGAGAGCUGGUCAUCUGUUGUUGCCAGUGGUCUUAAAGGUUUGCAGAUUCUAAAGAAAGAUGGAAUGGUGGAGAAUCAGAUUAACCUGCUUCCUGGUUUAAGGAUUUGUGCAAAUGGCACUCUUAGCGAAACAUCUGAAAGCAACUUGUUCAUGGUGCAAAUGAAUGAUGGUGUUGUUAGCUUUGGCGCAUUGAAACUUCCCUUAAAAAUGGAAGUCAUCUUUCACCUGGAGCUGCUGUAUAUUGACAACAAGAUCAGAAUCAGUCGCAGCAACAAGGAUAUGACACUCGUCCACUUGCACGUCACUAGACCAUGUUGAUGAGACACAAAGAUUCAUUUAAACUGUAUUUAUUUCUGUAGCUGAUGAGCCAACUAGCAUAUAACUUUUUCAUUUUGAAGUUGGGCAAAGCUGCUUGAUUCAACUUGCAUAUCAUUUCAAGUGAAGUUUGUACAAGGAAAGAAGACAAUUAAUUCCAAGAGAUGCAAAGGAGAAUUAGUUUCAUCUAA